AUGAGUUUCCAGCCAAGAGCCUAUGAUCCGGAGAUCCACUCGUCCAGGUCGUAUGCCUCCUUCAGGCCUCACAUCACCCUUGUCACUUUCUUUAUUCUAGAGUCUCCGUCUCUCAAGCUCAUGCUUCCUCCAUGUAUCACGCCAAUAAACGUGUCUUUCAGCUCACUGAAGGUUGAGACCGCUUAUCUGGGCUCCCUAUCCAUCAGUAUAUUUGAACCGCGCGAGCUGAUGAUACUGCACGAAUAA